AUGGCGUCUAUGUUCGAGCAACCCCGGAACGGCACCCUUUUCUUGGGCGGCCAGAAGAUCUCAGGGUCUGACAUUCGUGAUCAAAACGUUCUCGCUACUCAGGCAAUCGCAAAUGUUGUCAAGAGCUCCUUCGGCCCCAGUGGCCUUGAUAAGAUGAUGGUGGACGAUAUUGGUGAUGUUACGGUUACCAACGACGGCGCCACGAUUCUCAGUCUUCUCGACGUCGAAGACCCAGCCGGAAAGAUUCUCGUCGAUUUGGCGCAGCAGCAAGAUAAGGAAGUUGGCGACGGAACGACGUCAGUUGUCCUCAUCGCCGCGGAGUUGCUACGCAGAGGAAACGAGCUCAUGAAGAAUCGCAUACACCCGACCACCAUCAUCACCGGUUACAGACUUGCUCUCCGAGAAGCCGUUAAAUAUCUCAACGAGAAUGUCAGCAUCAAGGUCGAAAAUCUUGGUCGUGAAUCUCUCAUCAGUAUUGCCAAGACAUCCAUGUCUAGCAAAAUUAUUGGUGCCGACUCCGAUUUCUUCUCCGACAUGGUCGUUGACGCUAUGCAGGCAGUCAAGACCACCAACAACAGAAAUGAGACCAAGUAUCCCGUCAAGGCCGUAAACAUCCUCAAAGCCCAUGGCAAAGGCACACGGGAAUCUAUGCUGAUCAAGGGUUAUGCUCUCAACUGUACUGUUGCUUCCCAGGCCAUGCCUACUCGAAUCCAGGAUGCCAAGAUUGCCAUCCUCGAUAUGAAUUUGCAGAAGGAAAGAAUGAAGAUGGGAGUUCAGAUUACUGUUGACGAUCCUCAACAAUUGGAACAGAUCCGUGCUCGAGAGUCUGGCAUGAUUCUGGAGCGGGUGGAGCUGAUUCUCAAAGCUGGAGCCAACGUCAUUCUUACUACCAAGGGCAUUGACGAUCUGGUUCUCAAGAUGUUUGUCGAACGCGGCGCAAUGGGUGUUAGACGGUGCAAGAAGGAAGACCUGAGACGAAUUGCCAAGGCGACCGGCGGUACUCUGUUGAGUACUCUCUCCGACCUCAACGGCGAUGAGAAAUUUGAGCCUUCGUACCUUGGUCACGCUGAUGAAGUCAGCCAGGAGCGCAUCUCCGAUGAUGAGUGCAUUCUGAUCAAGGGAACCAAGGCUCAUUCAUCCGCGUCCAUCGUCUUGCGUGGUCCUAACGACUACUCCCUCGACGAAAUGGAGCGCUCCGUGCACGACUCUCUGUGCGCAGUGAAGCGAACCCUGGAGAGCGGCAGCAUCGUCCCUGGCGGAGGCGCAGUGGAAACCGCUCUGCAUAUCUACCUGGAAGAAUUUGCCGGCACCGUUGGAUCCCGCGAGCAGCUUGCCAUUGGCGAGUUCGCACAGUCUCUGCUCAUCAUCCCCAAGACCUUGGCCGUCAAUGCUGCCAAGGAUGGCGCCGAACUUGUCGCCCAGCUUCGAUCACGGCACGCCCUGUCGCAACGCAUCCAAGACGGUGACGGCAGCGAGGAUGAGAAGAUCAUCGCCAAGAAGAAGGGCUACAAAAACUACGGUCUGGACCUGAUGCGCGGCAAGGUUGUGGAUGAGCUUAAGCAGGGUGUCUUAGAGCCAAGCAUCAGCAAGGUCCGACAGCUAAAGAGUGCCGUGGAAGCCUGCAUCAGCAUCAUGAGAAUUGAUACCCUGAUCAAGCUGGAUCCAGAGCAGCAGGCAGAGGAUGAUGGCCACGGCCACUAA